AAUGUUUCCUUUGUUCACAUCAAAACCUACAUGAACUGGACGGAGGCUCUGAGCUACUGCAGAGAGCAUCACACAGACCUGGCCAGCAUCAGGAACCUGGAUGAGAACCAGAAGGUUAACAACACCAUUCCAAAAGACAGAGUCUGGAUCGGCCUGUACAGAGACACCUGGAAGUGGGCGGAUGCCAACAACUCAACGUUUAGGAAUUGGAACAAAGAAAACAAUAAACCAAAUAGCUACGGGGAGAAGGAAUGUGCAGCGGCUAACUUUGGGAGAUCUGGCCAAUGGGAGGACUGGAACUGUGGGGAAAGGAAGGCCUUCAUUUGUUACAGCGUGCUCUGCAGCAGCGCCUCAAAUCCUGUGCGUAAAUACUUCUUUGUUGAAGAGCUGAAGAACUGGACUGAAGCUCAGAGUUACUGCAAAGGGAAUUACUCGAACCUGGCAGUGUUGGAGAGCAUGGAGGACGUGAAAACACUGAACAACUUGGUGGCAUCUCUGGGUAAAAAUUCGAUAGCCUGGAUUGGGCUGUACAAUGAUGUCAACAGCUGGAAGUGGUCUGAUUCUGCAUCUGACACGCAGCAGAGGGAUCAAAAUGAGUUCACAAAUUGGGCAAAUAAUGAGCCCAAUAAUCUAGGAGGAAAAGAAAACUGUGUGCAAAUAUAUAGCGAUGGAUCCUGGAAUGAUGAACCUUGUUUUCAAGAGCUAAGCUCGGUCUGCUCAGAUAUCGAAGGUACGGAUGUGAAGUUUGUCUACAUCAGUCUUGAGAUGAACUGGACCGAGGCUCAGAGCUACUGUAGUGAACAUUACACUGGCCUGGCCUAUGUGAGGAACAUAGAGGAGAACCAGAAGGUUAAGAAGUUGAUACCAGCAGGACAGAAAACAUGGAUUGGUCUCCACAAAUUCCUCUGGAUCUGGGUCGAUGGAAGCCAGUCCUCAUUUCGUCACUGGGGCUCCGGGGAACCCAGCGCAGCUGAUAAGCUGUGUGCGAUAGCAAACCUGGGAAAUUCUGGCCAGUGGGAGGAGUUGGGCUGUGAUGAACUACGGCCAUUCGUCUGCUACAAAGGGACCCCUAGAGCGAAGGCACCAAGGAGUGGCCAAGGAGUGCGGCUCCCUGUGCCGGCGCACAGGGAGCCGCAGGGACGACCCAAGAGCAGAAAAGCCGCCCGGCGCCUGACCGCAAGAAGAGCAGACUGCAGCCCCGGUGCAACCACCCCCCCCAGCAGCCCGCGGGCAGCGCAAAGCCAGAGCGAAGCGAACCACGCCGCUCCCCCACCGGACGAAGCUAGAGCAGCACAAUCGAGUGCGCCUGCCGCCCGCACCAGCCUCCAACGCGUGGCCGAAGCAGCUCCGCCGCCCCAGCCCCCUGACGUGCGCCGGUUGGAGCCACUACAACCCCCACCCGCCCCGCAGCCACACCCGCCGCGCUCAGGGGGAACAAAGCAGCUCCACCAUGCCUCCGAGUAG